AUGCUCGCGGCGGCGAUCACCGCGCCCGCGGCCGCUGCAGCGACGCCCCGGGCGCCGGUCUCGCGCGCGAGAUCUCGCGCGGGCGUCGAAUUCCCCGCGACCGCCGCCAAUCGUCGGAGUGCCCUUCGGCGCGCGCGGAUCGCCCCUCCUCCCCGCGCGUCCACGGAGAAGGACGAGGUCAAAGACAGCGUCGAACGAGCCGCUGACUUGCUGGAUAAGAUUAUCAACGAGACCGUCCAGGGGAUCUUCAUCGAGGAAGCCGUCGAGGAGGUGUCCGACGCGCAGGCGGCGUCGGCGGACGGCGGCGACGCGCCGAACGGAGGGACGAAAAUGACCGAACGCCCGGGCGUGAACAAGGAGGUCGUCCUUAAGAACGUCGUCCUGAAGUACCUCCCCGAGCUCGACGGCUCGUUCCUCGCCGCGGUCGGGGCGUACGUCCAAGUCGCGGAGAGCUCCGGCGACUUCGCGCUGCUUUCGUUGCUCGCCGCAAUACGAGAGGAAGUCCUCGCCGCCGUGUCCGGCGAGAUGCGACCGGACGUUCAAGUCGUGCAGCUCGUCUCGAGGCUCAAGUCCCCGGAGGAUCGACUCGAGGUUCUGAGAGCCGCACACAGGGGCGGCGGGAAAGCCGCGGGGUACGACGUCCCGAACGCGCCGAUCGAGAGCGUGGAGAACGCGGCGGCGAGGGUCGUGGACGAGCUGGAGAUGAACGAAAACGUUCCGUCGUGGCAGCUCCUGUACCAGCUUCUUCUGACGCGCGAGACGACGCGGCAGCUGCACCCGAACGCGGACGAGCUCGGGGUGUACUCGAAAACGGUCACGUCCGGGUCGUUUUCACCGAGCGAGAUCCCGCGCGCGGAGGCGAAUCUCAUCAAAGAGCUCAGCGUCAUCAACGACGCGUUCAAACGACGCGCGCACCUGAGCGCGAUCCUGGACGAGUGCCGCGGGCUCGACGAGGAGGCCGCGAGCAGCGCCGGCCGCGCGAACGGCGGCAAGGUGAAACUGAAGCGCACCGCGCGCGGGUUCUCCCCGCCUGGGCUCGUGGAACCGGGCGCGGGGGGCGGGGGCGAGGGCGGCGGCACGCUGAACGUGUUCGACAUCCGAGACAUCCGCCCGGGGCGACUCAUCGACUCCGUAUUGAACAUGCGCGUGGCGCUGAUGCGCGACGACGGGGACGAGCGCGUCAUCGGCAGGCUCACGGAGCUGUACUUCGAGUGCUGCGACGUCGUCUUGGAGACGUGCGACAGGGAGAACGCGCAGUUGGAGGAGAGAGCGGCGAAGGAGAUGGCGGACGCGGAUGACAACCCGUCGACGCAGUCGCGGUGAGAAGUGCCACGCGACGCGUCCCAUAGCGCUCGCACGUCGUGCUAAUAUAGUAAUACAUAGCAAUACGCAAU